AUGCCACCUCAGCCCACCUCAAGCUCGACAGGCGGAGCUACCCCAGUAAACAUCAACACCCUCCCGAUCCCCCACCUCCGAACCCUCCAGAGCCGUCUAACGACCGAACUCGAACACCUAACCUCCUCCCACGCAAAGCUACGGGCAGCGCAGACAAAAUUCCGGGAUUGCAUCCGUUCGAUCAAUGAAGGGGUGGUCGGGUCCGGGGGGAAGGGGGCUCAAGAUGGGAAGGGGAACGAGAUCCUCGUGCCAUUGACGAGUUCAUUGUACGUCAAGGGACAGCUUGUGGAUAGGGAGAAGGUGUUAGUUGAUGUUGGGACUGGGUUUUAUGUUGAGAAGACAGCGGCCAAGGCCAUCGAAUUCUACGAUGACAAGGUUAAGGGUCUAGAUUCUAACUUGCUGGAUUUGGAGAAGAUUGUGCAAGGUAAAAGCACGCAGUUGAGGGCUGUAGAAGAAGUUUUGAGGCAAAAGGUCCUCAGCGGAGAAGCUAUGGCUGCCCCUGCUGCGGCUGCCGGAGCUGGAUAG